GCUUAGAAACCACCUGAGCCUCUCUAACAUCAGGGUAGCAACGGUAAAGUUCACUAUCGGUAUGCGAGGCAGCAAGUAGACAACAUUGUGGUAAUUAUUGUACAUGCCAGCUCCGUUAUAAAGAAGAACAGUAUAUUAAGUCGAUGGUAGUAACUAGAGAGUCCUGUCAUGGCUGGAAGGUGCAUCCGAGUCGAGCCGCAGUCAGUCGAGUUCACCGAUGUGAAGGUGGGACAACUCUACCAGACCACCGUCACUGUGACUAAUGAUGGGACAGCUCCGAGGACAAUACUGAUGAGAAAGCCUGCUCUAAAGUUGUUCAAGUUGACAGCAUCGAGCUCAUCCAAGGUGGUGGCUCCAGGUCUGUCUGUAAGCGGCCUGCUGGAGUUUACUCCAGAGGAAGAGGAGGAGGUCAGAGACUGCCUUCUAAUUCAUGUAGAUAAUGAAGGGGCCAUCAAAAUCCCACUGCUCGGGUUUCCCAGGGCUUGCUCCUUCCUAACUGACUCAGUACUAGACUUUGGGUAUGUUGCAGCAAGCAGUCAGAUGAUCAGCAAACGCCACCAUAUAACCAAUCAGGGAUCAGCACCAGGUGUGUUCCAGGUGCAGUACAAUGGAGACCCCUCAGUCACACUGUCACCCUGCAGUGGAGUCAUAGCAGCUGGCGCCACCCAGUGGCUCAAAGUGGAACUGUGCACAGACAGACCCAGACACAUUGAUGAGAAGGCUUUGUUGAAACUCCAGAAUCGCUCUGCUGUAGUUCUCAGUAUAAAGGCUGAGGUGGUGGACCAGCGCCUUGAGGUUUUUGACCUGCAGGGCGCGCCACUGUCCUGUCUGUGGUUUGGACCCGUAUACUUCGGGACGUCCCGUUUGGAGAAUGUGGUUCUGAGAAACAAUGCACCCCAGGCAUGUGACUGGGUCUGCCUGCUCCAGGAUACUGCUGCUGGCACUGAGGUGGGAACAGACCUCCAGAAGAGCACAGACGCCACCCUGCUGGAAGGAAUGGAGAGGUACAGCCCAGGCACCCAGGACGUCUCUCAGGUCUUGGGGUGUGUUCCCAAACAGGGUCGACUUGGACCUUACGACAAAACAACAGUGGCUGUGUGCUUCACCCCUAUUACCAAGAGUACAAGUGAAGAGAAGAAGCGUGAUUACUCAGCCAGACGGCAAGACUACUGUCUUUUCCUGCUAUUUGAGUCAGUGGGAAUCAGAUAUGGCUUCACACACCAUAACGGUAACAGCAGUGUUGAGCUGGCGGUGACAGGCUCUGGACUGCCUGUGUCUCUGGUGCCUAGUCCCUCUCACAGAUUUGACUUCCUCACCUGUGCGACAGGCCGACGUGUGGACCUGCUGUGUGUGCUGCAGAACCUCUGCCCUCAACUUCCUGUCAACUUCCGCUUCCGCAAGUUAGCACAUUUCACCACCAAGCCCUCCACUGGCACAAUUGCCCCUGGGCAAUGCCAGGAUGUAGUUUUGUCUUUCACUGCACGGCAGCAAGGGAGCUUCCAGGUGUGUCAGAAGCUGGAUGUCUUGGGUCAUGUUGCUCAGAGGGUUGGCAGCACCGCUGAAGGUGUUACUGGACUCAAGCUUCACAGCUUCCACACCCUCACUCUACACCUGUCUGCUGUCUGCCGCAGCGACACCGCACACCCCGUGCUUAAACUAAAUCCUGGCAUCACUCCAGCAGUGACCAAUCCAACCGGAUCCCUGACUCACGUCCGGUCCAGUGAGCUAGCACGCUGUCGCGAGAUGGUGCGUGCUGCUGUCCUCAGCGCCGACAAAACGCGACUCCACGAGCAUCGCAGGGAGAGGAGUCAGAACGCGGAGGAGGAGGAGGAGUUCCUGGCUUUUCCUAACGACCGAGCCACGAGCAUCAGGCCUGCCUCUGCACACAGACAGUACAGGACCAUCUUCACUGGUGUACGCCGCUAUCGCUAUGUGGACACCAGCUACGCCUUCACUGAGGAAGAGGAGGAACAGAGACGGCAGAAUCUACAGAUUUACUCAGACUUCAUCGAACAGCUCAGACAAACACGCCUGCAGAAGAUCAAGGACAGGCAGCAGGAAAUAGUGGAGGACGAUGUGGAUAUUGGGAUUGUUCCUUCUCAAGGGCUUGUUCCACCUGCACUCUGCAUCAGUGACCUGGAGAGCAGUAAGAUCUCAGAGACCAAACCGAGCUACAGCUGUGCUUCCGAAGCAGCCAAACGGAGCUGCCCCCAAGACAUGACAUCCAUCACCCGGCAGGUUAACAGUCAGGUAAUGAGUGCAGUUCCCACUAGCAGCCAGGAGGUGGCAGACUGCACCAGGACUCUGACAGCUCAGGAGCUCUACCAAGUUGUCAUAGGUCCCGUGUUAGUGGACUUUGGCGAGGUAUGUGUGCAGUCGGUGUGUGUUCAGAAGCUGGAGCUGGUCAAUCAUCUGUCGGUGUUUGUCUGGGUGCAGCUGGAGGUGGAUUGCCCUGAGCUGCAGGGCUCCUCACCCCUCUCCCACGUCCUGCCACCCCGCUCCCUCAGCACCCUGCCGCUGACAUUCCAAAGCAAAAAGCAGGGUCCCUUCUACAGACCUGUGUCCUACUCUGUGAACCAGCAACACCCGGGUCAGAUAGUGGUCCAGGCCCAGGUCGUCCCCUUGGCUCUGGAGCUGUCCACCACCCAGCUGGUGCUCUGCCCCACCCACACUCUGCUCGCCCAGUCAGGAUACAGGAGCUCAGUUACCCUUCGAAACCAGCGCAACCACGCUGCAGAGUUCACAUGGAGACCAUUAGUCACAGAGAAAGGCAUCCUGUUCUCUGUUCGACCAGCUACAGGUACAGUGGAGCCCUACAGAGAGUUGGACUGUGAGGUAGUGUGGCAUCCCUCCUUCGCCUCCCCUCCAGAAGGAGACUUUGACCUCUGUGUCCAUGAGGGCAACACACAACGCCUGCACUGUGUCGCUAAGGUUGGGUCCACCAUUGUCCAGCUGGCAGAGAAACAGGUCACAUUUGGAUCAGUGCCUCUCAACAUGCCUUCUAUCAGAACUGCAGUCUUGCACAACACUGGAAAGAACCAAGCCUACUACCAGGUGCUGGAUGUGUGUCCUCUGCCAGGCUUGGUGCUGAGUCCAUCUGAGGGCGUAGUGCCAAGUGGGGGGCAGGCUGUGCUCCAGAUCCACUUCACCCCCGACUCUGUCAUCAAAUUUGCCACCAGGGUGGAGAUAGCUGUGAGGAACAUGAAGUCCAUUGAGCUCAGAGUGGGCGGAUCAGUGGAGUUUCCAAAUGUAGACAUCAGUGUGUCCCAUUUCCAGUUCUACGGGGUCCAUGCUGGUUCUCAGCGAGCGAUACCGUUCGCUCUGACAAACCACUCGCCAGCCGCAGCCCGGGUCACCUUCGACCUGUCAGAAUACACAGACUUCUCUUUGCACCUCCGUCAGCCCUCAGCAAAGAAGGAGCCAGGUGUGAGUGUUGUGGAGGUCCAGGGCAACCAGAUUGUGGACUGUUCCCUUGUCUUCUCCCCACCCCAGGCAGCCAGCUAUGAUUUUGAGCUGCCACUGAUGGUCAACGGAGUGAGAUGGCCCACUGCCUCUCUGUCUCCGCUGCCCAACCCGUCCUCCUCUUCCUCCACCACCUCCUCCUCGCUGUCAGCCGGCAGCUGGAAGCAUGUCGUCAAACCCCUUCCCCAGUCUGUCACCAUGGCGACACAACGGUCACAGCGCAUACAGGCCACAGUGCUGUGCGCUCCACUGGAAAUGUCCCCCUCUAGCCUAGAGUUCCACAUGGAUCCCCUGGCACCACAGUCUGACGCUUACACUAAGACAGUGGAGCUGAACGCAGCGUGUGAAGAGAGUGUGUUUUGGCGUCGGGGUGUCAGGAAACAUGUGAACUGGUGGUUUGACUGCAGAGAGAUAGUGGAACCGACAGAGCACAGAAGAGAGGAGGAGCUCUGUGUGGUGUCUCCAUCAUCAGGCAGUCUGGGGCCCGGCCAGUCCAUCUGCUUGACGGUCAGCGUCGGCACCGAGGCUAUCACAACAGGGUCCGCUAGAGUGACCAAACUGUCCCUUCCUCUUUACCUGGGAGACGAGGGAGGGGAGGGGAUGGAAGGAGAGGAGGGACAUCAACCCUACAGAGAGCUGUCCAUCACUAUCACCCUCCAGCUUCCCUGCAUCACCAUCCACCCCCCUCAAAUCCUCCUGACACCAGUACCCCUGGAAAGCAAUGCAACUGCCACACUCGCCCUGAAUGCCUUAGGAUAUGCUAGUGGAAUCAUGGUGUCAGCUGACGUGGACGAGGUGGAACUGGAGGAUGGGACAAAGGUCCAGCCUGUUUCCGUCAUCUUUCCAGAGGAUAACAACAUCCCUGCCCAGAACCAGGAUCAGAGACAUCCAGCAGGCAUUCAGAGCCAGGAGGCUGAUGCGACCUCUCUAAUCUGCAACGUGUCCUUCUGGUCCGCCAUCCCUCUGUCCCUCUGCACAACCAUCACCUUCACUGACCACCUCCACAACAGGUUCAAGGUGAAGUUGUGCGCUAUCGCUGACAACUGUCUGUUGACAGUCUGGCCCCAAAUGGCCGCGCACCGCUCCGCGCAACAGAUAGUUCUCAAGACUGGGGCCACAGCUGUUGAGGCGAUCCUUCAGCGCUAUCACACACCAAGUACUGCCUCCGUUUCCACUUCAUCAUCCUCGUCGUUUGACAACAUUUCAUCAAACAAGAGCUCAGACUCUUUUCCAGACAGUGACAGUGUGAGCAGUCAGGCCAGCAGCACUACAGACGUCUCUCCUAACAGCGACACUUCAAGCAACCUUGGCGCCCCAGAAUUCCCUGCUGCCAACUCAGAGGAAGGACUGUAUUACCAGAAUGUGUUGUUGGCUGUGGAGAGGUGGUUCAGCCUCUUUGGGUGGCCGAGUGGACCACACCCUAUCUCUGUGCCACACACGCUCAGAAGAGUUGUGUCCAAAAUUCAAACCAAUCCUUCCGGUGGACGGACUUAUCGAGUCAGUCAAAAUAAAGACUCCAGGUCUGUAGUGGACAUGCUGCAUCACCUGACUGGUAAACAGAUUCCUGGUAUUCCUCACUGUCAGGUGUUUACAACUGAUAUAGACCAGCGCACCAAUCAGCUGCUACAACAGCAUGAGGCUAUGCUUACUUUUCUCAGGGUGCAGGGAGCCUGCCUUUGUCACAUCACACCAGAGUACUUGCUGGACAAGCAGGAGUUCAAACACUGGUGCUCCCUGCAGUCACAUGAGGAAGAAUUUGGUCUGGACUACAGCAGUGUUGACUACGAGUCUCUGAGCAAACGAUCCUGGACCGACGUGCUGCUGCAAAUAUACAAGGUGCUGGUGUUGUGUCGCGUGUCCGAGAGCGGUUUGACCAACACGACUGUGAACCGUGACGACGACGAUGAUGGAAUCCUCCCUGUCGGCUCACAGCCGCUGGCCAGUAACAUCUAUUCAUCCUUCGAGCUCCAGCUGCUCUCGUGGCUCAACGUGCACUACAGGAGCAUGAGGAGGACUGUGUGGGGAGCAGGUGGCGUCCCACCAGUACGCUGGAUAGUGAAUUUUGACCUGGACUUGACAGAUGGACUGGUGCUAGCUGCUCUGCUUGCUGCCUACUGCCCUUUCCUGAUCUGCAGCCACUUCCGGAGGAUGUACACCACCACCAGCAGCCUGGAACAGAUCCUUCACAACAACAUCAUAGUGGCCCAGGCCUUAACCGCACUGUGUCUCAACCUAGAUGUGCAGCCCACGGACUUGUCAGACCCCAAUCCAGUGCAGAUGUUGAUUCUGUGUGUUCACCUGUACGAGAGGCUGCCUCAGUACCGGCCACUGCACACCAUCACUCUAUCGGGAGGCCUGCACAGCACCUUCAGCAAGCAGGUGCGUCUGAAAAGCCCAUCCUCUAAGCCGAUCAAAUACCAGGUCUUCCUUUUAGGGGAGGACGCCCAUCUCUUCUCCCUCCCCGAUGGACCUACUGUCACCAUUCCUUCAAAGGCGAGCACUGAACUGACUGUCCACUUCAGCUGCUCCGUCAUGCAGCCCAUGGAGGCAGUCCUCCUGCUCGUCUCCAGCUCUCCUUUUGACCCAUGCGGCACCACUCUCUCCUUCAAUCUGAAGACCGAAAUCAGUCACAUCACACCCACAAACACUGUCAAAUGCAAGUCUCCAUGCUACCAGCUGAAAGUGAUCCAAGUGCCCAUAACUAACCCUUUCAACAAAGACGCUAAGUUCAGGGUUGUGCUGAUGGAGUCUCCGUUCAACCCACUGGAGCCUGAAAAGAAAAGAGACAGCCUCGUUCAACAGGCCUCCUCCAAAACCAAUAUAAAGAAGAUGAGUUCAGACAAGAGCUGUGGGGAGGAGAUGGAAGGGAAAUGCUCAGAUGUCGAUGGUGAAUCCAGUGAGUUCCUGAGCGAAGUGAGGAGUGUUUGUCUGAAGCCAGGCCAAGCAGACACUCUGAACAUCCACUACCUGCCCUUCUGCCCCAGCACCAAGUACUGCUCUGUGCUGCUAGUUUGCCCACAGGUGGGAGAUAUGGUCUACAUGGUAAAGGCCACAGCAGAGUUGCCUCUUCCUUCCCCUCUCACUGCCAGGCCCAGUGCUAACAUAGUCUCCAUCCCCAGCAACUCUGGCUCAGCUGUGUGUGUAUCAGUACUACGCCUACAGUGCAAUGUGGGGCAGGUGUGUGAGGAGCUGUUGCGUGUGCCGCUGGUCAAUAUGGCGUGGGAGCAAGCUCUGGCCUUCUGGGGUCAGCAAGGCAUGAGCGCCGAUGAACACAGGAGGCGGACGCUGACACACACGUUGCAUAGCAGCACCGUGAGGGCGACCACAGCUGUACGCAAGCUCUUCAAACAUCAGGCCCAUCUGCUGAUAGGUGUUCCCCACAGCAAAGCGGUAGAAUACAGUGUGGAUGUUUCUUUGCCACAGUACUUUGCUUUACCCAGUACUGUUACAAUACCUAUAAAGGAAGACACCAGCAUACCAUGGGAGAAUCCGUCAGAUUGCGGCUGUGUGGACAUCCCAUUACGGUUCCAGGCGGACUCUGUGGGGCGAUUUACAUGUCAGGUGGUCCUGAGAUCCUGGUGUGAUACCAGGGUCUAUGUGCUAGAGGCGCUGGUUACUUCACAGGGGGGAUCCGUCCACUUGGACUUCAGUUCGCCUGCUCACCGCUCAGUCACACAAGACAUACCACUGCACAAUGAGACCCACCGAGACUGGAAAAUGCAAGCUGAGGUGUGUGGUGAAGGAUUCUAUGGCCCAGAAGUUUUUGAUGUGCCAGCAGGGACAAGAGCCUGGUACCCCCUCACCUUUCACCCUUCUGCACGAUGCAUCGUCACGGGCAAGCUGUCCUUACGUAAUGACUGCGACGGCACUGAGAACGUGUUCACCCUCAGAGGAGUGGGAGAGCACCCCCUGCCUGUGGGCCAUGUGGUAUUACAGUGCUCUGUUGGUCAAAUCACACACACACAGUUGGAGGUCCCCAACUACAGCCAGAACAAGCUCACUCUCAAGGUGGCGACAGACUUAUCUGUUGUAAGUGGCAGCCCCUCCCUGGAGAUUAAACCUGGUCACAGCGCUCCAUACACCCUGGCUGCGUCAUCAUGGAAACGAGGAAAACAGACAGGGUGUGUGUCAUUUCUAGAAAUUGGUGACAGGCAGGAGGCAGACAAGCACAAAGGAUGCUACGAGGUGCAUUUCUCUCUAGAGAUCAUUUGUGAGCCGGCAGCGCCCAUCAAGUCCAUACAAGUAGAGUGUGCUGCUCAGAGCUCAGUUGCCAUAGAGAUCGCUGUCAAAAACCCACGAGGAGAGCCACUGACACUGGGUGUGUACCUGGAAGGAGACGAGCUGAGUGGGGCCAACUGGGUUUCAAUCCCCCCACGGGAGACGCUCACCUACAAAGCUACGUUCUCCCCCAGCAGAGCGGGGAAGAGCACAGGCAGCGUGGUGUUCCAGUCAGAGCUGGUGGGGGAGUUCUGGUAUCAGCUGGAGCUGUAUGCUCUUCCUCCUCCAGUCAUCAAGCUACCACAGGCCUGCUGUCAGCUGGGCAAAUGGACCAGUCAGACCGUUCCCCUGGUUAACCCAACAGCUGAGACUCUGGAGCUGAUUGCAGCCAACAGUAACCCCAGAAACUACACACUGGACAUGGAAUCAGGAAGUACUCUUCUUGUGGAGCCCCACUCCUUCACCCAGCUUGGUGUCCGUUUUAGUCCUUCAUCCAUCGGAGAGGGGAACCACGCGGCAAAGAUCACUUUCACGUGCCCUCAGUUGCAGGAAUGGUGUGUGUUGUUGAGUGGGCGGGGUCUUAUUCCAGAGAGCGAGGAGCCUCUGAGCGUCUCAUCUGUGAUUGGUUCCAACGCCUCCAUCACCAUUCCCUUCACAAACCCCACCAAGCUCCCAGUCGUGCUUGAUAUCACACUCACAGAUGAGGACCCCAGUGGGGCCCCCAACUGCCAUCAAGUCACUACAGACAAGGAGGUCUUCUCUAUCCCUCUGAGCCACACUGGAGGUAUCCAGAUCUGUGAAGGGGCCAGUUUUGAUGUGCCUGUAGUGUUUGCGCCGAACUCUAUGGAGCUCCAAAAGGCCUGGCUCUGCAUCACUAUGAAGCCCCGCAGCAGCAACAGUACCUUCAGUGCAGACAACAAGAGGUCAGAGCAGGAGCCGUCAACCAUCUGUUGGAUUUACCCUCUCUGUGGCAUUCCCACGGAGGCGCCUGUUGAGAGCUCUCCACUUGGCGUGCUCCAUUGUGAAGCAGGCUGCCAGCUGGAAAGGAAGGUGGAUGUACCGCUCAGCGGGUGUGUGCCGGGGAAUCGAGACCAGAAAGGACAGGAAGUUUCCCGGAUGAUGGCGGAGGACUAUCUCGUCACAGUUCGCUCAGACGACAAAACGGAGCGCUCAGAGGCGGAAGACUGCCUGUCUGCCUCCGCCGAGGCCGCGCGGAGGGACCCCGAGACUGGCAUCGUAACACUCACCCUUCAUCUAGUCUACGCUCCCCUCAGGACAUGCAGGUGCUCGGCGGUCCUAGCUGUGCAGUGUGUGUCCGGCAGUAUCUGGGAGUUUCCCAUCACUCUGGUCUCCACAGAGCCUCAAGUGGACGAUGUCAUCUUCACUGAAACCACUGAAUUGGGCCGGACUUCAGCUCUGGGCUUCCGUCUGACCAGCACCACCAGAAGGCCAGAGCCGUUCACAGCAGCGUUCCUCCCAGGCAGCAGCAGUGAGUUCACUGUGACUCCAGCCUCAGGGAUGUUACCUCCUGCUGGUUCUACCGGAGCCCUCAUCACUGUGGCCUUCACACCCACCGAGCACAGCAAGCACAGAGCGAGACUAACCAUCCAGGCAGCAGACAUGCAGUGGACCUACGAGGUGAGAGGGAAAAUCCCUCAUGACUCCCCACCCAUCUGUACCACAUCCACCAAAUCCACCAAAGGCAGCUCUCCUGUGCUGCCUCCAGCCAGGAUGCAGAACUUUGUGGCUCGUAACCUUCGGCUUCCCGCCCUGGCUAACUCGUCCCCUCUCAAAGUCCGUAGAUAAAGGACAUCUUCACGCUCUCAAUACAGCUAAGGAUCGUCAUUUUUGUCUAGUUCGACUUUUUAUGUUUGAAUUAUAGCCACAAUGUCACCUUCAACUAGAUAACUUUAUAUUUGGACAGGCACAUUGCCACAUGGUGGUGAUGGUGAUGGGUUUCACCAUUUGUCCUUUUUUCUCUUAACAUGGGUCAUUAGUUGUGUAAGUGUUUCUCAUCAGCACUUUUUAUGAACAAGCUUUUUUUGUCAAAAUUAAAUUAAAAGGAUAAUUUUGAAAACUCUUGAACUUGAAAAAAAAAGUCCAGUCUUUUGAAUUUUGCUUUUUUUUUAAAUCAGUAAUGCCUUCAUUUUAACAAUACUCUCCAAAGUCAU